AGGACAACGCGGUUACAGCUGGUCCGUCUGUCCGACCGAAAACAUCUCAAGAAAGUUGUCCAGCUGUUAACACAGCCCAGUGUUUUGUUGAUUAAAACCCCCYGAGUCCAGUUUUGACUGAACUGGUUUUGGUCUGUGUUUGGAGUUCAUCCCUUCAUAAAGAUGGAUUUCCAGCACCGAGCUGGAGGAAAGACAGGAAGCGGAGGGGUGGCCUCCGCUUCAGAGAGUAACCGGGACAGACGUGAACGGUUACGUCAGCUGGCCCUAGAAACCAUCGACAUCAACAAAGACCCUUACUUUAUGAAGAAUCAUUUAGGCUCAUAUGAGUGCAAACUAUGCCUGACACUUCACAACAAUGAGGGUAGCUACUUGGCUCACACACAAGGAAAGAAACAUCAGACUAACUUAGCACGGAGAGCUGCCAAAGAGGCGAAAGAAUCUCCAGCUCAACCAGCUCCAGCUAAAGUUAAAGUUGAAGUCAAGAAGUUUGUCAAAAUCGGUCGACCAGGAUACAAAGUGACAAAACAGAGGGACCCAGAGACCGGCCAGCAGUCUUUACUUUUUCAGAUCGACUAUCCAGAGAUCGCAGAAGGCAUCGGACCCAGACAUCGUUUCAUGUCAGCUUACGAACAGCGCAUUGAGCCCCCCGAUCGUCGCUGGCAGUACCUGCUGUUUGCUGCUGAACCAUAUGAAACUAUUGCCUUCAAGGUCCCCAGCAGGGAAAUUGAUAAAGCAGAAAAUCGCUUCUGGACCCACUGGAACAAAGAAACUAAACAGUUUUUCCUGCAGUUCCACUUCAAAAUGGAAAAAGCGAUUUCGCAGUCCACCGGUCCAGUGCCACCACCCAAUGUGAAGCACCCGCUUCCUCACCUGGGCGGACCCGGGCUUCACCCACAAAACGACUCCCUGCCGCCUCCACCACCAGGGGGGAUGCCCGUGCAUCCUCUGCCACCCGGGGCUCCAGGCACCCAUCAAAUACCCCACCAGAUGCACAUGCCCCCCAUGCCGAUGAGGCCACCCCCUCCAGACGGUCUUUCAAUGUCUAAUAAUUGAUCUUAAUGGUGUUCAGUUGUCUUUUCCAAUUUUCUGUCCUAUUUUUGUCAUGUUGCAGGCUUAUUCAUUAGUUUAUGAUUCAUUUKUUUAGUGAGGAGUAAAUGUUUAGCAUAAGCUUUUGUAAAAACAGGCUUUUUUUUAAUUAUCUGGACACAGGA